CGUGACCCCACUAUACCCUUCACCCUGACUGCCUGAGUCGUUCUCCUACUGUGCCCAUCCCGACUGCCCAUCAAGUUGGUAAAACGAUGCGAGUGGGUAAGUCAGAGAUUCACAUUGUUUGGAUUGCUAUUGUAAGGUUAUUGACUUUGCUCUGUCAUAUACUCGGUGACACGAUGGUGCAAAGGCUAUUUCCAACAAUUGGGAAGUAUUUUAAUACAUACUGUUGCCAUUCCCUCAUUUACGCUAGUUUGCAGGGCAGAGGCAGUCAAGGCUUGAAGCUUGAAGCACAGUUGAUGACUGCAUACACGCAGCAUCGAUUCGUUGUUCGAUCUCAAUAUUCGAUGUCUGUUGAAUUCAUGCUCACUGAGGGUGACAUGAUGAGUUUGCCUGUAGGUGGUACUAUUUAGUACUUGCUUGUAGUCGCUUUGUCCCAAAUAUGUAUACUCGGAGUCGUAAAUCAAAUCAAAUGCCCUUUUCUAUU